GGUCUUUUGAGCCCCAGACACGGAGCGUUAUACAAGUUCUCUUACACAGCAAAUUAUUGAAACAAAAACAACAUUUUCACUUCUCAGAAGGACACGGCUGAAGAAGUGAAUUUGAAAAUUGAAGAGGCGCUACCUAGCGUCCUUUUACACCCAACAAAUCGAGAAGAAACUCACGAGGUUGGGGUUAAGACAGAUUUUUCGAACCCCACGAGGACUUAAGGCAAUUGGACCGGACUGGAACAUGGAUAUGUACCUUAUGGACUCCGUCAAGCCAUCUGGACUGAUGGAGAAUGGAUUGAGUGAUAUUGAAGGAGAAGAUCUGUUUGAGUGCGUUGAUGAGACAACCAACGGCAUAUGCAAUCAACUGGAAUUGGGUUUAGAUUGUUCAACUAGUGAAGAGUAUUUCGAUAACUUCUUGUUGAACGACCCUAUGAUUUCUGAAUCGGCUGAAUUACCAAGAGUUAAGGAUGAGCACAGCUACUGCUCAUCAUCAACUAGCUCAAACAGCUCAAGUACUUCAACUAUGGAUACAUUGGACUUUAUUAAGAAAGAACCGAACUCGGACUCGGAUGAGGAAUUGGAUGUGACGUCUACCGUCGGAACGACUAACGAGUUGCUCCAGACGCAAACUUCACAGCCUACUUUUGUUUUUCGCGCUUCGCCAACUUCGAAGCAAUUAUUGUUGUCUAGCACAUCGGUUAAAUCCGAAUUGGGUAAUGGUGUAGUUAACAUUGAUAUGCCACCAACGCCACCUAGCGAUGACUGUGGUGAUAGCAGCACGACGUCGAGCCCGGGUUCGACUACGUCUACUUUAAGUGUGAAGCACCAAGUAACUACACCAACUCUAAGACAAACGCCUUUACAAAGGCAGCAGGCUAUUCGUCACCAACAUCAUCACAUACAGACAUCGCCUUACAACGUGAACCAACCUCUUUUCGUGAGUCCGAUUCCUACCUCUGGAGUUUUGGUACUUACUGAGGAAGAAAAGAGAACAUUAAUUUCGGAGGGAUAUCCCAUUCCCAGUAAACUUCCUCUAUCUAAACAGGAAGAAAAGAACUUGAAAAAAAUCAGGAGAAAGAUUAAGAAUAAAAUUUCUGCCCAAGAGUCAAGACGGAAAAAGAAGGAAUAUGUGGAAAGUUUGGAAAAACGCAUGGAAGCUUUCGUACAGGAGAAUAACGAUCUGAGAAGAAAGAUGGAACAACUAGAGAAUCAUAAUAGAUCCUUGCUUGUGAAAGUUCAAUCGUUACUAUCUAAGGGUGCUGCGACGCAUACUGCUGGUACUUGCGUUAUGGUAUUGGUUCUUUGCUUUGCUGUAUUCCUCGGUAGCUUCUCAUCGGUGAAAACGGUUUGGGGCGUCGGCUACGGCAAAGAAGUACCCAAAUCGUUGUCUGGUUCGCCGAUCUCCAGCUUAUCCGCGGCUGCGGGAGGUGGAGGGCUAGGAAUUAAUUGGGGUUACGAGUUUUCCGAAAAGCAUUUACAUUAUUGCCUCGCGUCUUCACCAUUUGGUGUUGGAGGACGUGGAAGGUUACUAAUGUCACCUAAGGAUGAUUCGUUGGAUGAAAAUUUUGACGAUGAUUUUACUGCUUCUCACGUUACCACAUACAAGGAAUUGUUUUUGAAAAUAUUUAACGCUCAAGCUCAUCUGGCGGAUGGAACGCGAAUGUCGACUUCUAAAACGAGCGUUAUCAUGGCAGCGUCAAACGUCGCGUUGAACACGUUAAACGUUAUUCGUCGUCAACUAACUAAAGAUACUGUAAGUAGAUAUUUUGGGCAUUUAAUAACCGUAGGCAGAUUUUUACGUCUUAAACUAGUUUCUAGACUCUUUGACAUUGUAGAAAGAACAAUGCCUCGUUGUGGAGUCUACCUACCAAAAGAAAAGCAAGAUGAACUUCGUAAGGUCGCCGAAGCUAUUGUGGCACCUGGAAAGGGAAUUUUGGCUGCUGAUGAGUCAACUGGAACUAUGGGUAAACGCUUUUCCAACAUCCAAUUAGCGAACGAAGAAGAAAACCGUCGUCAAUACAGACAACUGCUCUUUUCAACAAAACCUGAGCUUUUGUCCCAACAUAUAUCUGGUGUUAUUUUGUUCCACGAAACAUUCUAUCAAAAAGACGACAACGGAACCCCCUUCCCCGAUGUUCUCCAAAAACACGGCAUCAUCCCAGGCAUUAAGGUCGAUAAGGGCGUUGUUCCCCUUAGUGGAUCCGACGGUGAAGUUACAACUCAAGGUCUGGAUGGCCUUGCUGAACGCUGCCAAGAGUAUAGAAAAGGCGGUGCCCGAUUCGCUAAAUGGCGUUGCACUUUGAAGAUCAGCUCUCACAAUCCUUCUUAUUUAGCUAUGCUAGAAAAUGCCAAUGUUCUAGCACGCUAUGCUAGCAUUUGCCAACAGAAUGGAUUAGUUCCGAUUGUUGAACCGGAAGUUAUGUCGGAUGGAGAUCACGACCUGGAAGCUUGUCAAAAGAUAACCGAACAGGUUUUGUCGUUUGUUUAUAAGGCUUUGGCGGAUCAUCAUGUUUACUUAGAAGGAUCCCUGUUGAAACCCAAUAUGGUUGUUGCUGGACAAUCAUGCACAAAGAAAUACACUCCUGAACAAGUUGCGGAUGCAACUGUUACCACUUUGCAGAGAACUGUGCCAGCUGCAGUUCCUGGUAUAUGUUUCUUGUCUGGAGGUCAGAGUGAACAAGAAGCUUCGCUUAAUUUGAGCGCAAUCAAUGCUCAUGCUGGAAAGAAGCCUUGGGGAUUAACCUUUUCUUACGGAAGAGCCCUACAAGCUUCAGUUCUCAAAGCAUGGCAAGGAAAGAAAGAAAAUUUGGCAAAGGGACAAGAAGAAUUGUUGAAAAGAGCAAAAGCUAACGGUUUAGCUGCUUUGGGAAAAUACGACGGAUCAAUCGAAAGUGCCGCUAGCGGAAGUUCUUUAUUCGUUGCUAAUCACCAAUAUUAA